CGUGAUUAUGGAGGUGACAGGGAUUAGGUAUCGUAGCACUAGCGUCGCACGCCUCCAGAAGUUCUGUCGCGCGACAUCACUCCAACACGCCUACGUCUACGCGGCUCCACACUUCACCAUAGCCUACGUAAAAGUCAUAUUCACCUCAGUCUGAUCGCGAGAAAGAUUGACAUAGUAGAUCGUACAGGUUCUCCAAGAUGGAUUACCAGAAUCGCGCAGGCUCCAAAUUCGGAGGCGGCGGCGUCGCAUCACAGUCGGCAACCAAUGCCGACCGACGAGAGCGUCUCCGAAAGCUCGCGCUUGAGACCAUCGACCUCGACAAGGACCCGUACUUCUUCAAGAACCACGUCGGAAGCUUCGAAUGUCGUCUCUGUUUGACAGUCCACCAGAACGAUGGCUCAUAUCUCGCGCAUACGCAAGGAAGGAAGCACCAGACAAACCUGGCACGUCGUGCGGCGAAAGAACAGAGAGAAGGCAAGAGGGACGACGUGGGCCAGCAAGGACUUCUGGCUGGUGUGCUGCCCAAGAAGAACAUUAUCAAGAUUGGCCGCCCUGGUUACCGUAUCACCAAAGUACGCGAUCCGAACACACGCCAGAAUGGGUUGCUUUUCCAGUUCCAGUUCCCGGACCUCACACCCGGCAUCACACCCAAGGUCCGCGUCAUGAGCGCCUACGAACAGAAGGUGGAAGAGCCGGAUCCAAACUACCAGUACUUGAUUGUUGCUGGAGAGCCCUAUGAGACAGUCGCGGUCAAGCUACAAUCGCGCGACAUCGAUAGAAGGGAGGGCAAGUUCUGGUUCUGGUUCGACGAGGAUGCCAAGGAAUUCUGGUGUCAGAUCCUCUUCAAGACUGAGCGUGACGAACGCUUCAGCGCAGUGCCAGGUCUCGCCCCUGGAAGGUAGUGGCUUUCUUAAAGGUCGGUUGUUUUCAGUACUUUCAUUACCUCAUGCAAAUCAACUUCCCAGGCGUAAUGGCGCAUUCAUUCGGGAACAUCACGACUACGUUUUAGGAGCUCAUGUCGGUGUAGGUAGUCCCGAUACAAAAUAUUGGAUAAUACAAGUCCAACGUGACCAAACAAGCUCUUGCUACUUGUAGCCCGG